AACAAAUCAAUAAUUUAUUUGAUUUUUCCUAUAUUAUACGUGUCAUUUACUGGAUAUUUCGGUGUUUUACCAACAUAAACAAUGCUGAGUACACAAGCGAUGUUAUCCUGCUAAGAAUCAACCAUGCUUUAGUUCUUAAAAAGAUAAUUGUCAAAAUGGUCAGAAAAAACAACAAAGGAUAUGCCACCAUACGGAGAAGAAAGGGAACGCUUCAUUUUCAUCCAAAGUCACCUGCAGAAUCCGAUGUUGAAGAUUCUAUUCAGCCUGAUGAAAAUGUUAUUAAAGUCUCUGUACUACAGAAGAUUAUGUCGUCAGAGAAACGACUUUUCUUGGGUUUGGUUGCAUUUCGCUGCAUCAACGCACUGAUGAUUCAGACGUCAUUUGUUCCCGAUGAAUACUGGCAAUCAUUAGAAGUGGCACAUAACAUGGCAUUUGGUUAUGGCCACAUGACAUGGGAAUGGAGGAAAGGACUUAGAGGAUACACAUACCCUUUGCUCUUUUCUAUAGUCUACAAAGUACUUGGGGUCCUGAGAUUAGACUAUGCUGUUCUACUAGUAAAGUUGCCCAGGAUUAUUCAAGGUAUCGCUACGGCAUUCUGUGAUCUCUACACCUAUAAACUUAGUAAGAAACUAUCAGAUGGCAAAACUGCUCAAUACACCCUGCUCUGCCAGUUGAUGUCUUGGUUCAUGUUCUACUGUGGCCCAAGGACUGUUACUAACUCCAUGGAGACAACACUUUGUGUCAUAGGCCUCUAUUUCUUCCCCUGGCCUGGGACCUCAAGGAAGACACAGCUAGAGUUCAUUCUUCUUGCUGCUCUUUCAAUCAUUGUCCGUCCAACAGCCGCCAUUCUGUGGCUCCCUCUAUUCUGCUGGCACAUGUGGAUGAUGCGAGACAUCCCCUUUAAGAUGAUCAAACUUUACAUGGGCGUUGGUCUCGUUUCAGUUCUCUGUUCUUUCUGGAUUGACCAUGUCUUCUAUGGUAGAUGGGUGUUUGUCCAGUACAACUUCCUUGAGUUCAAUGUGCUACAUGACAUGGGGUCAUUCUAUGGGUCCCACCCUGCCCAUUGGUACCUGACUCAGGGCCUCCCUGUAGUGCUAGCUACUCACACCAUUCCAUUCCUCAUGGGGCUCCCAAGGAUCAGGCACCCCGCAGUGCUGGCCAUCAUUGUUUGGCUGCUCUUUGCAUAUAGUAUGCUGGGUCACAAAGAGUUCAGGUUCAUCAUGCCAAUCUUGCCUCUGUGUAUGCACAUCUGUGGCCGCUAUAUCAGCUAUGUGGUCAGGGAGUGGGGGAAAGAAAUCACAAUAGAACCCCUGCAUCACCUUGUCCCCAACCUGCCUCCAGACUCCACUAUACAGGAGACUGAUGAAGCUGCUGGAGAUAUGGGGGAAGGCAUGAAAGAUACUGAAGAAACAUCUAAACCUACUGAGGAAACAUCCCAAGAUAAUGGUGAAACAGCUAAAGAUACCAAUGAGAGUAUAUCUAUUAAGGAUAGUUCCGAUGUACCAAAAUCCAAAUCCAAAGAGAGUGAAAAUAAAAGUGAUGUUAAACCUGAGUCUAUUGAUAAAUCUGAUGAGAAUAAAAGUGACAAGCCAGAUGCAACAACAAAUGAAAGUGCAAUAACAGCAACUAACGCAAAUCAGGAGAGUAAACUUGACCCAAAAAUGAAAGAUGGGAGUGAUGAAAAGAUUGUCAAUGACAGUGACUCAAAUGACCAAAAUAAAAGCAUGGGUAAAGAAACCAAAGACAAAUCCAAUGCAAAAUCAAAACAUUUUAACAAAACUUCACAAAAGAAAUCUCAGAAAGACGCAAAUGUCUCUAAAUCUCAUUCUGCAAUAUCUUGUUUUGGAAAAAUACACAAAAUCAGACUAAAAGAACUGAAAAAGCAGCUAUAUACUCUGCUUAUAGUUUUUAGAAACUACAAGUUUGUGAAAGUGUUGGCUUAUGUGUAUACACGCUGGUUGAUACUUCUUCAGCCUGUAAUGAAAUUACGCUACAUUCUAGCAGCACUGCUUAUGACAAAUCUACCUAUAGCUCUGUACACAUGUCUGUUGCAUCAGCGAGGCACCAUUGAUGUUAUGAGGUACCUUGCUACGGAGGCAGGGAUGCGGCACAACAAAGCAGGGAUGGAUGUAAUGUUCCUCAUGCCAUGUCACUCUACGCCAUAUUACAGUUAUAUCCACCACAACAUCAGCAUGAACUUCCUCACAUGCGAACCCAACCUCGACCACCUGCAAAACUACACAGACGAAGCAGACCUAUUCUACCAGAAUCCAAAACACGUGUUGAGGCAGACAUUCCAUAAUGCGAGCAGCCUCCCCACCCACCUUGUGAUGUUCAAUACACUGCAUUCCUCUUUGCUGUCUCUCUUAGGAGAGUUUCAAUACAGGGACUGUGCUAAGUUUUUCCAUGCUCAUAUAAUCGAUGACUCCAGAGUUGGAAGUCAUGUCAUUGUUGCCUGCAGGUCUGUUAGGUCUUCAUAAGAACUAUAGAAAACUGCCAUUCAUUCCAUCCAUUCAGAGGUAAAAUAAUGUUACAUAGGACUCCACAUAAGUAUCUUUUCGGGGCCCAUUACUUAAGCAUAUUGAUUUUAGAUUAAGCGACUUGCCCGGAUCAAUAAUUGGUGAGGCAAAAUGGGUGAGGCAAAGAAGAUAUUAGAGAGGUUUCACACAGAGGGUUAAAGCUAAAAUGUAUCCGCAAACACAUCUUAUUUAAUUGAACUACUACGCAUAAAUCUGGUGAAUGCUUAAAAGAUUUUAGGUACACUGGGAUAAAAAUGUUGUGCGAAACUUCUCUAUUAUACUUCUAUAAAACAAAUUUUGG